CUCGAUCAGUGAGUUUGUUUCCGGUUGUGUCUCUUAUGUGUAACACACUCAGCUGCAGUGAAGUUGAACAGCACAUAAACUCUGGAAACGUCGAGUUUGGAUUCACACACUUUUCUGACUCCACUACAUUUGAGUCUGUUUGGUUCGGGCAAAAGAGUAAAGUGUAUUUGGUGAAGUAACUAAAGCGGUUUGAGAAGGAUUGUUUUUGGCAGAAGAAAAAUGUCUGGAUGAAGAAGAGAGAGUUUGUCGCAAUCAAACUGCAGGUUUCUGUAAUGACUGGUUAAUGUGGGUAUAAUGGAGACGAAGGCACAGGUUUUAUAUGAUUUUGCGGCAGAGCUUGGGAAUAAUGAGCUGUCGAUUCGAGAGGGUGAGACAAUCACAAUAACCAACCAGAACAUUGGUGGAGGAUGGAUUGAGGCAAAGAACUCCAGAGGAGAAGUCGGAUUGGUACCAGAGGACUAUAUAGAGUUUUCUUUCUUUCAGACAAGUAAUGGUAAUAACCCAUGGACAGUAUUUGACAAUAAUGCAUCUGGGGGGUUUUCUAAUAACUGGGCAGCUCAGCCAGAGGGCACAGAGACGGGGAAAACCAGCAGCAAUGCAUGGCCUUCUGGAGGACACGGGCAUCCGCAGGCCUACCAGGGUCCAGGUGCAGAAGACGAUGAGUGGGACGAGGAGUGGGAUGACGUCAAGUCAUCGGGUGGCUAUGCUGAAUCUGAGGCUGGAGAGGGCGGGGCUAUAAACAGAGGCGGAGCUCAUGGUUCAUCUAUGAAAAUUGCCCUCAACAAAUUCCCUGGUUUCUCUAAAUCAGGUCCUGAGCUGUACCUGCUGUCCAAACAGCCCGCCAAAGGAACCAAGCUGCCUAUUUACAGUGGAGAAGUUGGCCCAGUGUGGGCGUAUCCAGACUAUCAGCUGGACUGUGUUGUCGCUGACCCUAAAAAGGGCUCCAAAUUGUAUGGCCUUAAGAGUUACAUUGAGUACCAAGUCACACCCACCACCACAAACAAGCCUGUCAAUCACAGAUACAAGCACUUCGAUUGGUUAUAUGAAAGGCUUUUGGAAAAAUAUGGAUCUGCGAUUCCAAUCCCCUGUCUGCCUGAUAAGCAAGUGGCAGGUCGAUUUGAGGAUGAAUUUAUAAAAAUGCGCAUGGAAAGGCUUCAGGGUUGGAUGACGCGAAUGUGCCGGCAUCCGGUUAUCUCCAGCAGUGAAGUCUUCCAGCUGUUUCUCUCAUACAAAGAUGAGAAGGACUGGAAAAUGGGAAAGAGAAAAGCAGAAAAAGACGAGACGGUUGGAGUCAUGGUUUUCUCCACGAUCGAGCCUGAGGGACUGCCAGACCUGGACCUGAUUGAAGUAGAGCAGAAGUGUGAACAGUUCAACCGUUUCACCAGGGCAAUGGACGAUGGUGUGAAAGACUUGCUGACAAUAGGAAAUGAACACUGGAAACGCUGCACAGGCCCUCUUCCAAAGGAAUAUCAGCGGAUUGGCAAAGCUUUCCAAAACCUGUCCUCAGUGUUCACCAGCAGUGGAUAUGAAGGAGAGGCUGCGCUCACAGACGCACUGACGGCAGCAGGAAAGACCUACGAGGAGAUUGCUCAGAUGGUGGCGGAGCAGCCCAAGAAAGACCUUCACUUCCUCAUGGAAACUAACAACGAGUACAAAGGUCUGCUGGGAUGCUUUCCUGAUACUGUUGGAGUUCACAAGGCUGCCAUAGAGAAGGUAAAGGAAGCCGAUAAACUAGUGGCUGCUGGUAAAAUCACCCCCUCAGAUAAGACCACCAUGUCUAAACGUGCCAGCACCAUGUCAUACUCUCUGCAAGCGGAAAUGAACCACUUCCAUAGCAACCGUAUCUAUGACUACAACAGGGUGAUGCAGCAGUACCUGGAGCAGCAAGUCAAAUUCUAUGAGAUGAUUGCAGAGAAACUACGACACGCUCACAGUCAGUUCACUACUAUGUAACGGCAGAGCGGCCGUCCAGAAGUUGCCUCUCUUUCUCUGUUCCUCUGACAUGAUGAUUCUCCUUCUGUUUUUCUAUGCAUGCUAUCUGUGUCGUGAUGUCAGUGCCAUAAAAAUAUCCUGUCCAUCUCCGGCCAAAGAUAGCGUCGAUCCGUGUCCUGCAUGAGAACUGGCCAAGCUCGAGUGUUUUUAAAAAGCAGCUACAGAUUGACUAAAAUAUCAGAUUAUAUGGGGGCUUUAAUUAUUAUAAUUAUGUAGUUGUUGGUUUGAUGGAUGUUCCAAGUUCUGUUAUGACCUUGUUAGUUUUGAUUAAUGAUAAAUAUGAAAGAUGCAGAGCGAGACGUAACAUUACGUGCUUUUAUACAAGUGAUCUAAACAGAUUCUGGUGCAUAUAUGAGGCCAAGUUUGAUUGUGCCUCGUUUUGUAGAGACCCUGCAACAAAAAAAAAAAUGCUUUUUUUCCACUGCACUUUACUGUGGCCUUUCAGAUGCAUUAUCCUGUUUGUGUUUGGUCACAAAAACAACCCCAAUCAUUUUCAUUGAAGUUUCUAGAGAUGAUAACAGGAGGGCUGGUCCUUUUUCCCCAUAAGAGACAUUAUUUUUCUCUCUCCCCAAAGCCAAAUUACAAACAGAGAUUAUGCUCGGCUUGAUGCUUCCACCUCAGUGCAAUUAUCACCAAUCUCCUAUCCUGUAAAAAUGAAAUUAUACUUCACCUGAUGCAUGUUGUUCAUAUAUUUGUUUAUGUAUAGCAGUGGUUGCAAGUCUUUUGCACACAUAAUGACAAAACUAUUGAGAUUGAUUUAAUAAAACUGAUUUGUAUGCUA